AUGGAAUUGUUAAGCAUCGGUCUGAAUGUAUUAUUAACGUAUUGGAACAAAGAUUUUAUUGAUACAUUUCAAAGAUACGAUCGACCAGCCUUUCUUCGUUCACUCUUAUACUUCAUUUUCAUUGCUAUCGCAAUCAUAAUCGUAUCAGUUUACAAAGAUUAUCUAACACAAUUACUUCAACUUCGUUGGCGACGUUGGUUAACGAACGAUUUUCUAAGCAAAUAUUUAUCUAAACAUGCUUAUUAUCAAAUGUCAUUGUUAAAAAAUGAUAGUUCAAAAAUAAAUGAUCCAAAUGAUAAUCCAGAUCAAAGAAUAUCAAUGGAUAUUAAUUUAUAUAUUGAAACUAUCUAUGCCUUAGCAAUAGGCCUUUUAAAUGCAUUUGUGACAUUAUUAUCCUAUGUCAUUGUACUCUGGUCUCUAUCGGGUGUAAUCAAAAUAAAAGUUUCUCAAACUCAUUCGCUUGAAAUCAAAGGAAUUAUGGUUUGGUCUGCCCUUGUCUAUGCUGGAAUGGGUACUCUGAUUACUAAUUUAAUUGGUCGAGCUCUAUUUCAUUUGAAAUAUGCACAAGAACAUUGUGAAGCUAAUUUUCGAUAUGGACUUGUUCGUCUUCGAGAUCAUACAGAAUCUGUCGCUUUCUAUCGAAGUGAAUCAAAUGAACAGGCAUCAUUGAUAUCAUUGUAUCUUGAAAUAGUAUCUAAUUUGUAUCAAAUUAUUCGUCGCAAAUUUAUUCUCAAUUGGUUUAAUUCAUUCUACAAAGUCGUAGCAAUUAUUUUCCCGUUUCUCGUUGCUUCUCCACGAUAUUUUUUACAAAAAAUUACACUUGGUGAUUUAUUACAAAUAUCAAUGGCUUUCGACAGUGUACAUCAAUCACUUUCAUUUAUACCAAAUUCCUAUGCCACUAUUGUACAAUGGCGAUCAGCUACAAAACGAUUGACUGAAUUUCUAUAUGUUUUAAAUGAAUUACAUACAGCUAAACAAAAUUCUGAGAUUCAAGUUCUUUAUUUACCAAACGAACGAUUUAUGCGAAUUCAAGAAUUAACUAUUCGAUUACCAUUGAAAAUUGAUAAAGAUAAUGGUCGAAUCCUCAUGAAUCAUCUCAAUUUAGUGCUCGAAUCUCAUCGUGCUGUACUUAUUACAGGUCGUAGUGGAUCUGGAAAAUCGACAUUUCUACGAACUCUUGCUGGAAUAUGGCCAUAUGGAUCUGGGACCAUCACUUUUCCUAUUGGCGAUACAGUGGCCUUUCUUCCUCAAAAGCCGUACUGCCCGCUUGGUUCCCUCCGCCAUUGUUUGACUUAUCCAUCAAAAUUGUUCUCAUCGGAAGAUGAUAGAAAGAUUGAACAUCUUUUAAAUCUAUGUCAAAUGAAUAGUUGGUGUCAUCGUCUUGAUGAAAAUCAAGAUUGGUCACAAGUUCUUUCACUAGGUGAACAACAAAAGAUGGCAUUCAUUCGAAUCCUUUAUCAUAGACCAAAAUGGUUGUUUUUGGAUGAGGCUACAUCAUCAUUGGAUGAACAAGCGGAAACAGAUCUUUAUUCUAUCUUAAUUCAAGAAUUAAUGAAUUAUUCAACUAUUAUCAGUGUAGGACAUCGAUAUAAUUUAAAACAAUUCCAUCAAAUUGAAUUAGCGUUGGAUAAUGGACAUAUAACAAUGUUAUCCUUAUCAUCUGAUAACUAA